AUUAGUAGCUGCUGCUGUUUGUAGCGGGUCUGGGGGGAGAAUCCUGCCUCCGUGUUUACGGCUUCUGCUGGGAGCGCCUGCUUACAAUGUGUUUUUAAAGCCCCACUGUGUCCGGCAAUUCGCUGUAACAGUCCCCCGACUGUUUGCCUUUCCGAAGUGUUUAUUUCACCGGUCGAGCUCUCCCUGCACAUUCAGCUCCUGGAACAACAAAACAAAAAGGUCAAAUGACUCCUCGAGGCUGGUUGCUUUUUUUGUUUUGGAGGGAGAGGCGAGGUCUCACUGGGUUUGAGAUGGAUGAUACUCUUUGUGUGGAGAUCCAGAUGAAGCUGCUGGUACUCCAGUGUUUCAGAUAAGUGUCCAUCAGCUCUCAGAAGGUGACAUGAUAUCUACUCUCUCGUGGUCCAUCGCACAGCUGCAGGGCUGCCCUGCAUCUCUAACUCUGUCCCUAAGUGGAUCCUCACUGGAGCUAAAUUUUGGCAUUUUGUACCCCUUUUUUUAUUAUUAUUUAUUUAAACCCCCACCCUGUAUAUCUGAGUCUUCCUUUCCCCCCAGGCCAGAGCCUCCGAGUCCCGGACAGACAAACGGGAUCAGCACGUCCGAACAGCUCACUGGACGCUUCCAGGAGGUACUGCAUGUGAGUCGAGAUGAAAACCAGAACUACAGAGAGUACUCCAUCCCCAGCCCGGCCUCUCUGUCCCCGGGCCCAUACUCUCCAGAGCCGCCCUUGAGUCCUGAUCGAAAGGUGGAAAAACAUUUGUCCUCCAGCACUCAGAGCCACCAGCUGCGUCCGUGGUCCCCCGUGGAGAAGAACUCCAGCCAUCGCCUGUCCAGACCCUACUCUCAGAGCAGCGUCCAGCCCCUGCAGAACCGCCCGGGUGCAGUAACACCCCCUGUCUCCCGGCUGGUUUGGCAGGACUUCUCACCAGAAUACCGGAGCAACUCUGGGUCCAGUAGAACCCCCACCCCCCCUGGCCACCAGUCUCCCCACAGCCCCCUGGAUAGAGAGCCCCCAGUGUCCCCCCGCCGCAGCUCCGACUUCACCAUGCAGAAGUUCGACCGUGACUCCGAGGUGUACAAGAUGAUCCAGGAGAACAGGGAGUCGCGUACGCCCCCUCGCCAAUCCAGCACCUUCAAGAUGCUGCAGGAGGUGCUGGAGGCGGACGAGAAUGUGGCCGCUCAGCGCUUCCCUGGCAAGCUGACCCCCAGCCCCCCCAAGCCCGUCUCUGUGGCCGGCGUGCAGAAGUUCCAUGUGUGUGAGAAGUGCAACAGCAACAUUGUGAACCAGGCAGUGCGCAUCGCGGACGAGCGCUACCGCCACCCGGAAUGCUACACCUGCUCUGAGUGCGACCUGAACCUGAAGAUGCGAGGCCACUUCUGGGUGGGGGACGAGAUGUUCUGCGAGAAGCACGCCCGGCAGCGGUACCAGGGCCCAGGCGCCAACUACAGGGCCCCCAUUUCUCCCCACCACUGAAGGC